AUGUCCCUUAACCUGUACCAUUUACGCAUCAUCACACGAGCGCUAUGUUAUAUAGUUAUCCUUCUAAUUAUUCAGCAAACUCCUACUUCUAAAACAUACCUUUUGGAGAAAAAGAAACUAUCCCUGCAGCCCCCCAGGGUUCAGAAACGCACACCUUCCCGACGUGGCACGUGUAGGAACUCCAACAAUCGCAUAAAUCUAAUUAAUGAAAAAUGUAAGUGUAAAUAUUUAGACAAGAAUUAUGAUGUUAUAGUUAUAGGGGGAGGGCAUAGUGGAUGUGAGUCCAGUUACAUAAGUACAAAAUUAAAAGCUAAGACAUUGUUAGUAACUCAGUGUAAGGAUAACAUUGGGGAAAUGUCUUGUAACCCUUCAAUAGGUGGUAUUGGUAAAGGAAUUUUGGUUAAAGAAAUUGAUGCUCUUGGUGGACUUAUGGCAAAAGUAAUUGAUAAAAGUGGAAUACAUUUUAAAAUAUUAAAUCUAAGGAAGGGACUAGCUGUCAGGGGACACAGAGCCCAAGCGGACAGAGACCUUUACAAUUAUUACAUGAAAGAAUAUAUGUUCAACACGGAAAACCUCUACAUUUUAGAGAACACCGUUCAGUCAUUGUUAAUUGAAGAUUCGUUGGGUUCCGCUACAUCUGCUACAUCUGAUACUAGCGGCACUUCUAGUGACAGCCGUGCACCAAGAGGAAGACGGGUUUAUGGCAUCAGAAACAAAUGCUGUUGUGAAUUUUAUGCAAAGAGUGUUAUCCUCACGACAGGGACAUUUUUGGGAGGCAUCUGUCACAUAGGAAAGAAUACGUACCAUGGUGGGAGGAUCAAAAGAAUAUCAUUAUUCAAUGAAACACAAUGCAUGGAUGGUACACAGAAGAAAGAAAAUAAAUCUACUAGUGUAGAAGAAGAGAAGAAAAAAAGUGCAAUAAAUAAAUGGAAUAAUGUUCAUGGUAACAGAAUAUUUGAUAUGAACCAUAUAAAUAUACAAAAAGAGUUCAAUAAUAACUCCAUUUUUGACAAACUAGUAGAAACAUCUACACAAAGUAUUUCAAACCAAUUAAAGGAAAAUAAUUUCGAGAUAAAAAGAAUGAAAACAGGGACUCCACCUAGACUCCACAUUAACAGCAUAAACUUUGACAUUUUAGAAAAAGAAGAUAGCGAAAAAAAAAAUCCUUUUUAUUUCUCCUUUUUGAAUAGUAAUCAGAUUAAUAAUAAUAAAACAUUACCUUGUUAUAAAACAUACACUAAUUUAAAAACUCAUGAAUUAGUUAAAAAAUAUUUAAAUGAAUUACCAGAUUUUGAUUCCUAUGAUAAGUUGGGAAAUGGACCAAGAUAUUGUCCAUCUAUAGCAAAAAAAGUCACCAAAUUUUCUGAAAAAAAUAAACACAUUAUAUGGUUAGAACCUGAAGGAUUUCAUAAUUCACUAAUUUAUCCUAAUGGUUUAAGUUCUGCUUUCCCAAUACAUAUACAAAAACAAAUUAUAAAUUCUAUAAAAGGAUUAGAAAAUGCAAAAAUAAUCUUCCCAGCAUAUGAUGUUGAAUAUUAUUAUGUGAAUCCUCAAAGCUUAAAUUAUACCUUAGAGACCAAGUACAUCAAAGGGUUAUUUCUUGCUGGACAAAUUUGUGGCACCACAGGAUAUGAGGAAGCAGCAUGUCAAGGUAUUGUCGCAGGAAUUAAUGCAGCAUUACUUUCCCUUUCUAAGAAUGAAAAAAGAAGCAAUCAAUUCAUUUUGAAAAGAAAUGAAAGUUAUAUAGGUGUUCUGAUACACGAUUUAAUAAACAAAGGGGUUACAGAACCGUAUAGGAUAUUCACAUCCAGGGCCGAAUAUAGACUCUAUCUCAGGCCAGACAACUGUGAUAUAAGGCUUACACCGAAGGCACACAAGCUGGGGAUCGUUUCAGAUGAGAGGAUUUACAUAAUGAAACAGAAAUAUGCUUCUAUCAAUAGAAUUAUUUUUCUGUUUAAGAAUUUGCAGCUGGAUAAUGUGCGUGCAGGAGAAGAGGAAAACACAAAAAUGCAAACGGAGGAAUGUAAGCCCAAAUUGAAAACGGAGGAAUGUAAGCCCAAAUUGAAAACGGAGGAAUGUAAGCCCAUAUUGAAAACGGAGGAAUGUAAGCCCAGAUUGAAAACGGAAGUAGAUUACCCAACUAACACAGAUCACACAAUGGACUCAAAAGAUUCUGCUAAUCUCGCGACUUUGAACGACAACUCUUGUAUUACAACGUAUGGAGAAAGUAUACACACGCAGAAUGGUAAGACAUUAGAGGGGCAACUGCAAAAUGAUAGGACAAGGAAUGAAAAAGAUGUAAGUGACAAAUUUGUGAAAAAUUCAAUUAGAGCAUUCGAACAAGUUUGUAAGGACAACAUAAAAUUGAAAUUCACAUCUCGUAAAGGAAACAUAAACACACUAUAUAAUAUUCUCAGAAGCGGAGUUGAAUAUCCAUUAGAUGUUUUGUUAAAUAAAUUAAGGGAGAUAAAACAUUGGGACGAAUUAGACAAUACAUAUUUACCUGAACAAAAUAACCUAACUAUUUAUAUGGAUAAAAUACAAGACUAUCAUUUAGCACAUUUUAAAAUUGACGAUCUUAUAAUAAAUAUGGCAACACUAGAAACUGCUUGUGCAGAAGUUAAAUAUUUCUCAUACUUGAAAAAGCAAAUUCGAGAAAUAAACAAAAUUAAAGACAAUUUCGAUUUGUCUAUCCCUCCAAAUUUAAAAUAUGACAGGCAAAACUUCCCAUAUUUGUCGAACGAGGAAAUUGAGAAAUUGGAUAAAUUUAAACCGCGUACUUUGUCAGAAGCAAACCGGAUUGAAGGUGUAACUAUGAGCGCCAUUUAUUAUUUAUAUUACUACAUAAAAAAUGAGAAAAAGAGGGUGAAAAAUUGA